AUGCCAAAAGCGCCGAAGGACUUCGUGAUAGGAGCCCACCGUGGGCCGUUGUUCUCACGAGAAGAAGAGAAUGAAGGACUCGCCAAAACCGAGUCUGCUGGUGGUCUCUCCUUGACCAAAACGCCAACUCGUGGCGAAAAGUGGCGCCGUCAUUGGCGUCGUUUCUGGCUCGUCUAUCUAAUCGGCAAUGUGAUUUUCCUCGCAAUUCUGCUUCCAAUUUUCUUCCUCGUUGUUAUCCCUGCCGUGGCACAACUGGUAGUGAACAAGUCAGACCUGUGGCUCGUCAACGCGGAGGUAGUACAGCCAAAGAACGAUUCUGUGAUCCUAACUCUGAAAGCGAACGUGGACCUGAAGCUGGCAAUUCCUGUCCGUAUUGAGCCGGUGACACUCAAUCUAUUUGAGCGAGAGUAUGGACAUGAUCAUCCGUAUGCCGCUGUUGACAUUUCAGGUCAAACGAUCAAAGGCAACUAUACUCUUGGAGUCUCUGAUCAGUUCACACCGAUUCAAAACAUGACGGUCUGGGAGAAAUUUGUGAAACAAGUCCUUUUCCAGGAAACAACCUCACUAGCGAUGUAUGGCAAAAUGACCGCUUAUCUGGGAGUGCUCAAAUCCCACGUUACGAUGGACAAAGACGUUGUCGCGCCAACCUUGAACAAGUUUGCAGGUUUUGCCAUGUCCGACUCCACACUACUCCUUCCUGCGAGAAGCGACGGCACAAAUCUCAUUGGAAACAUCACACUUCCGAAUCCCACCGUCCUGCACUUUGAAGUCGGUACUUUGAACCUCGAUAUUAAGACUGGUGAUGUUCUCAUCGGGAAUGUCACCAUCGAGGGAGUGACCCUAGUACCCGGAGAUAACAAAUAUCCACUUACCGGAGUCAUCGACCUGAAGACUAUAAUCUCAAACCUGGGGGCCGUCCUCCGAGCCGAAGCUUCAGCGCUUAAAACCGGAAAUCUUACUCUCCAAGCAACCACAACGUCAGUUGUCUGGAAUGGCACCGUGGUGAAAUAUUACACCGACGUGUUACGGCAACUCACUCUCAACGCGGAGAUUGGCAUCACCGAUAUCUUGAAGAAUACCCUGAAAAGCUUUGCGUCUGGGAAGAACCUGACUGGAAUUUUGUCCAGCAUCUCCGACAAUACCAACAGUACUGGUACCGCACUUGGCCGUCGUGAUGAAAACGAUGGCAGAGCAAGAUUUGACUUGGCAAAGCUUCUCAAAGAGGAUGACGAUGUGCAAGAAGCCUUCCAGGAUGUGAGCCCCGAAAGACGAGACGGGAUAAUUGAUUCUUUGAUUGCGAUGUAUUGA